AUGGAUGGGCGGAGAUCCCCUGUGCAGGCAUCAUAUUUCAUAACCACUAGGCAAUGUGUGAUUCCGCAUGUGAUCUGGCCAUGGAAACUCCCGCCACUUUGCAAGGGCAUUAAGGUCUAUGCCGAUGAUAUCCUGUACAAGGAUUCUGCAUAUGAUAAGGGGCUUGGCCAAACAAUACGAGAGUUUUGCUCGAUCGGCAGUGAAAGAGUGUGUGUUGGAUUUCGAGGAAAGCCGAAGACGUUGGUGUCGAAGAGAGGAAACUACAAGCUUGGAAAAGAGCAGUAUGAAAGGCUUAUUGAUACGCUCCAGCCUGACUUUUAUGCAAGAUAUGCUGAUGGAAAGGUGAUUAUUGAUGGAAAUGAACUUGUUGAGCCAGCAAGUGUUGGAGAGUUUGUUAGCAUGCUGAAUGAUGGAAAUAUGCUUUUUGGAACUGAGUUUGUCAACAGAGCUGUUGAUGAGGGGCGGAUGCUGAGAUUUGACGAAGGGAUUGUGAGGGAAGGAGGAAUUUUUGAUUGCAAGUGCUGUGGAGAGGGAAGUGAGGGGUAUCUGGAGUAUUUGUGGAGCAUUAAAGAGAUGAGUGUGAUGGGGUAUAUAACUAUACACAACUACAAUGUGAUUGAUAGUGUGCUCAAGACGGUGUGUAGCAAAGAUAUGCAGGAAGGAACGAUUGUGUAUGAUAGCGAGAUUGCAUGA